AACGUGUAUUGAAUUCGGCCUAAAAGUUUACUAAGUUUAAGUCAAGGUUGAUGUUGCUGCAAGUAGCUCCUAAAAGUAUGCACUUGUUAGUCUGUCGAGUUGAGCUUAAAGCAGCGCUGUAAGCAGCUGAUAAGCCGAGCAGUGCUGUAAAACUGCUGAUAAGCUUGAAGUGCAUCGGUUGCACUGGAAAGCUCAGCUUUGACAUCUGCGCCAGCUGCACCAGCUUGAGCGCGGCCAACUUAGUGAAAGCCGGUUCCGGUUUGGUCAUUUUUCUAAUGACCGGCUGCGUACAUAGACGCGUAAUUAUUGAAGAUUUAAAUCGGAAGGCAUCGAGCGCUAUUGGGAAAUUUUUUAUUGUCUUUGCUAUUAUUUGGAUUGGUUUUGCUGCCUUCAAGGCCUUGUUUCUUUGCUUCGCAGCAUACCGCCAGUUUGCUUCGGCCAAGUGCCGCAGCUUAUCCAGCGGAGCACCCCUGCAGGCCAUUCUCGGCCAGCGGAGCACCCCUGUAGGCCAUUCUCGGUCAGCGGAGCGCCCUGCGCCGGCAUUCUCGGCCAGCGGAGCACCCUCUCCGGCCCUCACGGCCAGCGGAGCACCCCUGCACCGGCCCUCUCGGUCAGCGGAGCACCUCUCCGGCCCUCACGGCCAGCGGAGCACCCCUGCACCGGCUCUCUCGGCCAGCGGAGCACCUCUCCGGCCCUCUCGGCCAGCGGAGCACCUCUCCGGCCCUCACGGCCAGCGGAGCACCCCUGCACCGGCCCUCUCGGCCAGCGGAGCACCUCUCCGGCCCUCACGGCCAGCGGAGCACCCCUGCACCGGCCCUCUCGGCCAGCGGAGCGCCUCUACAGGCCACUGCCUGGCCAGCGAAGCGCCUUUAGGUGCCAACUUUAACUCUCUGCCAUCAUCAUCAAAUUGUUUUUGUGAAAUCAUUCUCUAA